GCCUAUGCUCGGACUUUCCUUAUAAAUAGACCCUAGGGUCAUGUAAAGUGAGAGGACAUCGUCUUCUCAUACCUUGCUCAAUCUCUAAUACUAUAUUUCGGUACUAAUAGUCCAUCAAAUGAUGCUUUCAUCUAUUCCUUUUGGUUACCGACGGAUUGCGUGCUUUAUUUCACCAGGCUGAGCGAAGAGGAGAAUUGCAUGGCGUGUCGGUUUGUCAUAGAGCUCCAAAGGUAUCACAUUUAUUUUUUGCAGAUGAUAGCUUGCUUUUUUCAGAGCAAAUAGGGGUGAGUGUGAUACGGUUAAAAAUAUUUUGCAUCAAGUGCUUUUUUAGUCCGAAUGUGGUAGGCCCUGAGAGGGGCUUUUUUGUGAUUAUAUGGGGGUUAGUAAAGAAGCUCAACAAGGUGGUUAUUUGGGAUUACCAACUCUGGUGGGAAGUAACAAGAAGAGUAUUCUAAGUUACUUAAAAGGGAGAGAUUUUUCACUCGAAUUCAGAGUUGGAAUAAUAGAUUUCUAUCCAAGGCAAGGCAUGCGGUUUUAUUGAAAAUUGUUAUUCAGGCGAUGCCUAGUUAGGCCAUGAAUGUUUUCUUCAUGCCAAAAGAGCUUAGUGAGGAGUUUGAAAAGCUUAUAAAUAAUUAUUGGUGGAAGGGAAAUACUUUUGAGGAAAAAGGCAUUCAAUGGAAGGCGUGGGGUGGUCUGUGUGGCACAAAGGGCGAAGGCGGUAUGUGCUUUCGAAAACUCAGAGAUUUUAAUAUAGCUAUGUUGGCUAAGCAAGCAUGGAGGUUAACUGUUGACACGUCUAGUUUGGUAGGACGGAUUUUUUAAGCGCGGUAUUAUCCAGAUACCUCAUUCCUGAAAGCUAAAAUAGGCUCCUAACCCAUCAUUUAUAUGGAGGGGUAUAUCGGAAGCUCAACAGGUUAUAUCGGAGAAUACUCGACAUAUAGUUGGCAACGGCAUAAGGGUGCAGGUCUAGGCAGAUGCUUGGUUACCAGGGACGACUGAUCCAGGAAAAAUAAGUUCAGCUAAACCUGCUGGAAUAAGGGAUAUGAAUGUGGCGGCGCUUAGAUCAGAGGAUGGCAGAAGCUGGAAUGUGGAUCGGGUAAAAACUCUGUUUAUUCCGGAAGAAGCCAAUCAUAUUUUGAGCAUUCCGAUUAGUAUUUGUGAAAGGGAGGAUGACCUUUGGUGGAAUGGGGGACAAGAUGGUGUGUUCUCUGUUUGAAGCUGUUACAGGUAUUUGGCUCAAAAUAUGGAACCGGGAGGAUGGACGAGUUGGACUCGUAUGUGGAACUUUCAAAUACCUCCAAAAGUUAAAUUUUUCUAUUGGCAGGCAAUGAGGGGUUGCAUUCCUACAACUGUCAAACUUCGUGGCAGAGGAGUGGAAAUCCCAACUGUGUGUAAGGUUUGUGACAGGGAGGAUGAAGAUACAGACCAUGCAUUGAGAAUGUGUCCUAAAGCAUAGGUUGUUUGGCAAGCAGAAGGGGGGGGGGGGGGGGGGCUUUUUGUAGAAUUGCUAACGACUUUGAAACAUGAGUAAGGUAGUGUAUGGAAACGCUUGAUGAGGAGAAGUGCUGCAAGUUGGUGAUGUUGCUAUGGGGGCUUUGGAAAAGAAGAAUCGGCGUCGUAUGGAAAGAUGAACAUGCGGGUGAGAUGUCAGUAAGGAGUGGUGCGGAAGCUAUGCUGCGUGGGUGGCGUGAAGCUCAAUCUUCAGAUGCAGCCAUCCAUAAUGCAUCGGCGGCCACAAGUACUAGAUGCAUAGAGAAAUGGCAGCGACCGAGGGUAGGUUGGAAGAAAAUAAAUGUAGAUGGGGCAAUCAAUGAUGCAAAAGGAAUAAGGGCGUGGAGCUGGAUUGCCAGAGAUGCGGAAGGUGAAUUUCUAGUGGACAUAGCGAAUCUAUGGAGGCACAAUGGACGAAAACAAAGAUCGCAGUAGUAGGAGUGAGAGCAGCGCUUCUUGGGGCAUUACAACAAGGAUGGCAACAAGUAGAAAUUGAAGCGGAUGCUUUGACCGUGGUACAAACUAUUCAAAAAGGGAGUGGAUCUUCUUAUCUGGCACUGAUUUUAGAUGACAUUAAAAUUUUUCUGGAGGACAACAUCAAUUUCAAUGUUGCUUUUUGUAAGAGAUCUGCGAAUCACGUUGCUCAUGCUUUGGCUAGGGCAUGCGUUUCUAGUUCUGGUCUUAAGAUUAUACAUGAACAAGUUCCAGAUUAUGUUGUAAGUCUGUUGCAGAACGAUUUACUUGAUUCAUAGAUAUGAGCUAGUUUUUCUUCAAAAAAAAUGGUGCUUUCAUCUAGAAUUAUACUCCAUCUGUAUUUUAAAGUUCCAUACACUUUCCAUUUUGGGAUGUAUUUAAAAGUCCAU